AUGAGUUCAACUACCAACGAGACGAACGAAAUGACUCCCAACGUUGCCGAAGAAAAAGACAGCGAAUAUGAAAAUACAGGUGACUAUUCUUGGACAUUCAUUCAUAAUCAACAGGAAGAGAAAAUACCUAUUAUGGGAUAUGGGAAUGUACCAAUACCCUCUCAGCAUAAUAUAAAUUUAUUAGGACAAGACCGUUCGAUAUCUAUUCGAUGUAUAACAUGGAAUAUCAACGACAAAAAUGUCAAAAUAUUAUCAAAAUUAACUGAACAGCUGAGCAAAGUAUCAAAUGAACAGUUCGGAGAUAUCGUAUGCAUAGUUUUACAAGAAAUUCCACCUUCUUCUACACGAUUUCAUGAAGAAGCAUUGAAGCUUCUUAAUGAAUCUCUACCGAAAUCACACUGUCUAUUCUUUUCUAAUCGUUCAUGGAGUCAAAUGAUGGUGAUGUACAUGAACAAAGCUCAUCUACGAUAUGCUACAGAACCAAAAAUCAAAUUCGUAGCUUCAGCACCAAUACCCAAACCUUUAAGAACAAAAGGAGGAAUCGGUGUUUGCUUUCGUUUGUAUCAACGAUGGAUUGUUGUGAUUGGAUGCCAUUUAUCCCAUGGCAGCAUGCAAAAUCGCAUUCAAGACUACGGAAAAAUUGUGAAAAACUUGAAGUUUCCCAACUUACAACAAUUCUCUGGAAUGGAAAGCGUUUUGGCUGCUGACGCAGUCAUAUGGAUGGGAGAUUUGAACUUUCGAGUUCAUACUGAUCUCGGUUUGAAUUGGAAACAGAAAGAAGCAAACAAUCCAGAAGACAUAAGAAGAGUGAUGGAUUUCGAUGGGCUAACACAAUCAAGACAGAAAGCUCUAGCUUUUAUGGAGUUCGAAGAAGGAAACAUAUCCUUCCCGCCUACACACAAAUAUGAAUUAGGCUCAGACGAAUAUGUGAAGGAUCGCAUACCAUCGUACACUGAUCGUGUGCUAUACUAUUCGCAAAACGCUCUUUGGAUAAGUGUGAAGGAUUAUAAUACCAUUUCGGGACCAACACAAUCGGAUCAUCGACCCGUCUACUGUCUUUUAAAAAUUAAUGUGAUCAACAAUCCUGUCCCUCAAAGCAAUCGCGAUAACGCAGAAGCUAUAAUCCAACAGCCCAUUUGA